GUUCGAGCGUGCUCUUUGAGCCUACCGUUAUGUCGAGUAAGUGCAAUCUGUUUUCUCGUAAGGUUCAGAGGUUAUCUCGUUGUUCUCCCGUCCAGUUAUCUAGCUAUAACUAUUGAGGGACGAGUUGCAAUUACGUUCGGAUAGAACAAGACCUCGUUCGUCAUGUCGGUACUCGGAUGACGGGUUCGGAAUCGCAAGCGGAUAGAACAUAGCUGGACAUGUCUAUAUGCUCAAUUUCUUCUUUACCAAUGCUAAGUCCAAAUCUGCCGUGAAAGCAAAGCCUAAUCCACUUACAAACGACGACCCCAAACAACAACACGAUAUCGAUACUGUCGAGCGGGCCCGCGCCCACGAGGAUACGAUGCUCACUGAUGCCUUGGACCUUUCACGACCCUCAUUGACUCAUGGCUUCACACUAAGCCACUGCCGGCGUUUGACUCGACCUGUAUCCUCCAUGAGCUCAAACCGCUCUAGGAAACGUUCAUGUCCAGAGAUGCGUACCGUCACGUCUGAGGAACUGGAACAAUCUAUACAACGCAUAGGUGCGGUGUUCCAUCAGAGAAGUUCAGCUUCACUGCGAAGUGAUAGUGUUUGUGAGACUACCUCAGCGGAUGGAAUCACGCAGUUACGCCACGUCCCAGGUGCUUCUACACACACUCCCACCUUGAUCGUGCCAGAGAGAGCCACAAGCUCAGGUUCAACCCUCGAGAAUGGGGUUGUGCCAGAAGUACUCUUUACAGAUGACUUCAGUGAAGAUGAAGACAUAAUAUCUGAGUUUAGUGGGUCCACUCUGUCCCUGUCGGAAGAGCUUCACGACAUUGCACCAUCAGCACUUGAACUCUCCCCGCGCGAUUAUCUAAAUGUCGAAAUUCCCGAUAGUUCACUCAGUGCCCCUGCAGAAAUGUAUGGACUGAUGUGGGGAUGCAACCCAAGAUCACGAUAGACUUUGCGUCAUCGAUACUCUGAGGUAUCUCGAUGUUUCUAUGGAUCACAUUAGUAAUUUCUACCACAUAUAUAUCCCGAGUAGCGAAUAAUAGAUACCUGCAGAACACGCAAAGCUCCAGCUACGUGUUCAAUAACAUGUUCGUCUAGUUGACGAAAGACUGGACUUUCC